CACGGCAGUUCCUUCGUAGGUGGCCAUCUUGCAUGGCAACAAUUGAACAGACCUUAUUUUUGACAUGGAGUGUGAAUGUCAGGUUUCACAUACCCUGGCUGCACUGGGAUACGGUUGUCACAUUGCUAGCACCAUGUUCCCUUUACCUGUCCCAGGCCCCCCAUUAUCACGUCUGGGCUCUGGAAUAAUCGCCGUAGCAAGUCCGACAGCUUUGUGGAGCUUGUUGAUGCCGGGAUACGCGAGGUGUCAUUCCGAAUAGUGGACGAGGUC